AUGGGCGCUAAAAAAAUUCGUCCUUUUUUUGGGGUGGUUCUUGCAGGGGUUGGACCUGGCGGCCGCCGGAGGUGGGCAGGGGGCGGACGAAGAGGAGGAGCUGGAGUGGCUCUCGAAUAUGGACGCGUUCCCUUCGGUGGAGACCAUGUCGGCGGAGGUGGAGGCGGCGCCGUCGGCGCCGGCGGCUGGCGUGGGCCGCCUGGAGCCGCUGCCCCACGCGCACGCGGUGGGGCCGAGGACCAAGGGUUUGCGGCGGCGGCGGCGGGUGUCGGCGCCGUGGAGCCUCCCGCCGGUCCUGCCGCCGGCGCCCCCGCCCCCGGCCCCGCCCGCGGCGGCGCGCCGCCGCGGCGCCGGUGCACUCACUGCGCGUCGGAGGAGACGCCGCAGUGGCGGCAGGGCCCCAAGGGGCCCAGCACGCUGUGCAACGCGUGCGGCGUGCGCUUCAAGUCCGGGCGCCUGUUCCCGGAAUACCGCCCCAUCCUGAGCCCCACCUUCUCCCCGCUGCUGCACUCCAACUCCCACCGCCGCGUCAUGGAGAUGCGCCGCCACGUGGAGGUGGAGACCGCCACCGCCGGCGGCAGUGCCGGCGCCAGGGCCCGCCGCGCCGAGCGAGCCGCGGCGCGCGCCGCCGCCGCCGCCAAGGGCAAGUGA